AUGAAGACUUUCACCUCCAUCCAGCUGGCCGCUGCCGGUAUUCUCUCGCUGGCCUCCGUGGCUACUGCUAUCCCGGCAUGCGCUGUCAACUGUUUCUCAAGCGUUCUCACUGAGCACCCUCCUCUGACCUGCACCUUGCCCGACAUGUAUUACUGCUUCUGCGCCUUACCCGAUCUCCAGGGCUACUUCAUCCAAUGCGCUCGUUCCACCUGCGCUAAUAACGCUUCCGCCGGAGAAGCCAUCCAAUUUGGCGUUGAUCUGUGCUCCGAGCUUGGCUACACCAUCACCGUGCCACCUGCAACUCCCUCGACCACCUCGGCUGUUGUCUCUAGCAGCAGUGUUGUUCAGACUACCUCCGCUAUUGUUUCCAGUAGCAGUGUUGUCCAAAGUAGCUCUGCUGUUGUCUCCAGCAGCAAUGUCGUUCAGUCGACCUCUUCUACUCAGCUACCCGGCUCAACUUCCGCUGCUAGCUCUGCAGUUCAGUCAUCCUCUGCUGCUGCUUCAUCUGGAUCUGCUUCCGCCUCUGGAUCUGCCUCUGCUUCCGCCUCUGCUUCUUCCUCAGCCUCCGUUUCGGGCUCUGCUUCUGCUUCCCGAACCCCCUCAGCCUCCGGAGCUGCUUCCUCCUCCGCCUCUCGAUCUGCCGGCGCAUCAUCCCAGGGUGGCUCGAGCACCACCCCUGCCAGCGCCACCCCUCAGUCGUCCAUCACCCAAGCCGGCUCCGACCUGACCACCAAGACCAUCUACGACACCCGAGUCCAGACCGUCACCUCCUGCGCCCCCACCGUGACCAACUGCCCCGUCGGCCAGGUCACCACCGUCGUCGUCCCCGUCACCACCACUGUCUGCCCGGCCUCGGAGAACUACGCCAUCUCCACCGUCUACACCACCAGCGUCCGCACCGUCACCGCCUGCCCUCCCUCCGUGACCAGCUGCCCCGUCGGCAAGGUCACCACCGUGACCGCCCCGGCCUACACCACCAUCUACCCCGUCACCUCCGCCCAGCAGGGCUCCGACUCCACCGUCGUCACCGUCACAAACAAGCCUGCCACCUCCGCCGGCAACCAGCCUGCCGGGUCCUCCACUGCCGCGGGUAGUGCUAAGACCACGGUCCCUGUUAUCCCUGUCAGCAUGGGCAAUGCUGCUGCCGUCUCCAGCUUCUUGGCUGCCGCCGGUGUUGCUGUGGCUUUCCUCCACCUCUUCUAA